CUGCAUACAUUUACGAUCGACUGUCGUGCCCAACGACGAACGAUUGGUAAACAAAUUGUGAAAAGCGAACAGAACUUCACAGGUGAUUAUUGUGGAAAUAUGAAGUGACGUGUUUGCUUUGUUGUUGUGACAGAAAAGUGGUGGACAGAGGAAUUUUCUUGAAUAUUGCAACGUAUUUUGAAAAGUUCUUACAAUAAAUAAAGUCAAUUUAUUUGAUGGCAAAGACUGAAGGAUAAAAAGUGCGAAUCAAUUGCAGAUUUCGAAACAAUCUUAGACAAUGGCGAAGCAAAAGCGUGCUCUUUAUUUACUCACGCUUGCGAUUUGUGCUUUAGUAUGCAGCGUUAUUGCAGACUCAAGUGAUACCAAUGGCAUCGAGAAAUCAGCAAUCAAUAACAGCUCAGUAAAUAAUACAAUAUCAUCAAUCGAAUCAAUCUCCGUUCAAAAUACGUCAUCCAGUCAGAAUGCAGCUGGUAGCAAUGGAGCACAAAGCAUAUUCACCACAAACGGGCUAAAUACAAUAAAAGUAAAUACUACAACUAACCAACUAAAUAUUUCAACUACAAAUGCAACUAUCGACCCAGUAAUAGAUGGUACAAAUGCUACUAAGGAAAUUCAAACAAACCAGACAACCACUGCAUCAGUAACUCCUGCAAAUGUUACGCAAAAUGUGACAACACCUACCGCAGAUCCGCCACUACCAGAUCAGCAUGCUGUUGAACAAGAACACAAUUCUUCUUUGUCAAUUUUCUUCGUAAUCUGCGUUAUUAUGCUUGGAAUUUUGCUGAUACAUUCAAUGCUACAGACGGGAUUCCAAUAUUUACCGGAAAGUAUUGUUGUAGUGUUUCUGGGAGCGUUAAUUGGACUUUUACUUAAGGUUAUGUCGGCCGAAAAUGCUAGUUGGAAGCGUGAAGAAGUUUUUUCCCCAACAGGAUUCUUUCUGGUUCUACUGCCGCCAAUCAUAUUUGAAUCGGGUUAUAAUUUGCAUAAGGGUAACUUUUUCCAAAAUAUUGGUUCUAUAUUAGUAUUCGCAAUAUUUGGCACAACAAUCUCGGCAUUGGUUAUAGGAGCUGGUUGUUAUCUGCUAGGAGUAGCAGAGGUCGCAUAUAGGCUGGACUUCUCCGAAUCAUUCGCCUUCGGUUCGUUGAUAUCAGCGGUGGAUCCAGUAGCAACUGUUGCCAUAUUUCACGCCUUGGACGUAGAUCCCAUACUAAACAUGUUGGUGUUUGGUGAAAGCAUUUUGAAUGACGCCAUCUCUAUUGUGCUGACCACCUCAAUUACACAGUCGGCUAACACACCCGCGAAUACGCAAGCAACAACUGGUCAGGCAAUCUUUGCAGCGCUUAAAACGUUUUGCGAAAUGUUCUUCGCCUCCGCCGGCAUCGGUGUAAUUUUCGCGCUCAUAUCGGCUCUACUAUUAAAACAUGUGGAUCUGCGCAAACACCCAUCACUGGAAUUCGCUAUGAUGUUGAUGUUCACCUAUGCGCCCUAUGUAUUAGCGGAGGGCAUACAUCUAAGCGGAAUUAUGGCCAUACUAUUUUGCGGCAUCGUCAUGUCUCACUACACACAUUUCAAUCUUUCCACCGUUACACAGAUAACAAUGCAACAAACUAUGCGUACGCUAUCUUUCAUCGCUGAGACCUGCGUUUUCGCAUACCUUGGCUUAGCAAUAUUCUCUUUCAAGCAUCAAGUAGAGCUAUCCUUUGUGAUAUGGUCGAUUGUGUUGUGCUUAAUAGGGCGUGCAUGUAAUAUAUUUCCAUUAGCAUUUCUAGUUAACAAAUUUCGCGAGCAUAAAAUCACCAACAAAAUGCAGUUCAUCAUGUGGUUCUCCGGCUUACGCGGUGCCAUCUCAUAUGCGCUCUCCCUACAUUUGGAUCUGCCAAACGACGAGACACGCCGUGUGCUCAUCACUACGACACUAAUUAUUGUGCUCUUCACAACGCUCUUCUUCGGUGGUUCCACCAUGCCGUUACUAAAAUAUCUCAAGCCUGGCAAAAAACGUCGCUCACGCUCCGGACGUAACGCAAAUUCUGCAACUGUGGCACGAAGAAGCGCUUCGCGUUCACGAAAACGUUCCAAAUCCAUUUCAUUAUCAAAGACACGUGAAUGGGGACAAGCCAUUGAUUCAGAACACUUGUCCGAGUUGACUGAGGAGGAAGAUGUCUCCUUCGCACAAACGCGCGUCGGUGGUUUCGGCCGCAUGGACCGCAAAUUCUUCAUACCAUUCUUUACGCGGCGCUUCAACAGCCAAGAACUGCAUGAGUGCAAAUCACAAAUGGCUGAUUUGACCAACAAAUGGUAUCAAGCGAUACGCAUCAGUCCACUCGAUUCGGAUGAAUCGGAUGAGGAGCUCGGCAUGUCGGCGAGCACGAGUCAGAGCACAUUGAGUGCGCCUCGCACCUAAGUCCUACGAUAGCGGAGCACAUAUGAACUCAUGUGCAUAGUGCUGUUAAUUUGGGAGAAGUCAGGAAAUUACACAUACAUAUUUGCCAAAUGAAAGCUGGGAUUUUUCGUCUAGCUCAAAAGCAAAGAGCUAGUAAUUUAGGAGUCUGGGAAAUAUAUUUUAUUUCUUAAACAUUUUAUUAAAUAACUGUUGGUGGCGGGUUAAAAAUGUGCUAUUAUUAUUUUUUCUGUUAAUGAUUUUAUUUACAAACAUAUACAUAUACCAUAUUUGUACGAUAUGAGUGAGCUGUGCUAAGCAUAACAAAUUUUCGCUUUCCAAACGCUAACUUACACUAAACAUAAGUUAUAAAGUUUCCAGUAUUUUUAUGUCGCAACUGGCGUAUCCAUUUACUUUAACCUAAUGAUCAAAUGCUUCAAGCUAACAGGCCGGAUCAUGACUAAACUAUACGCAGAAUUUUAUUUAAGCUUGAAUGCAGCCAUGUUCAAACUUAAAAACGUGCCCUUAUUUAAGUGAAUGUUCCAAAUUUGUGUCAUUCGUCGCAUAUUUUUCGUGCACUAAUCUUUUAAGCUCAAAAUUCUCACCAAAGAACACUAGUAAUGUAAUUAUAUACAAAAGUGAAUGUAUUUAAAAUGUUUUUAACAGUAACAUGUGUAUAUAUAUUUUGUGAUUUUUUGCACUCAAGUGAAUCGAAAACCAAAAAAAGUGUAGACUAAUACAUUAAAUGCAUAUUGUAAAUGACUAAUCAACCAUAGCGAGAAUUAAGAGCAAAUAAAUGUGAUAAACACUA